AUGAGCUUUGAAGGACAGGUCUACCGGGCUGGCUACUACCCCCGUGGCGAGCGGGCUCAUGUGGUCCAGGUCGGCCUUGGGGAUAAUCGAACGUUCCUGCACGAGCUCGUGGGUCAACCUGGAGAGGUAAGCGUCAACAUCAAGUGGCUCCUCUCCGCCUGCAGCGGAUACUGGAACCAACGGGAGCUGCGUGGCAUUGCCGUUGAGCCCGUCAGAAAGCAUUUCGAGGAUGCUGAAAGCCUGCUUCGCCAGGGGCGCUUUGCCAAUGUGUCACUGGUGCAGGUCGCCUUGGGCCAGUGGGACGGAACCGUGCCGCUUUGGCGAGUCGAGGCGGCGGCGCCGGAGGCCCUGGCGGCCAUGAGCGUGGCGCAGCGCGAGCACUACGACUGGGACAUGAGCUACUUGCGCAACAUGUCUUGCGUCGGCGACAUCUCCUCACACUUGGAGUAUUUCCACUCCCGGCUGGUUGACAAGGCAGAGGUGGCAGUCCCUCUGCGCAAAGACACCGUGCAGCUGUGGAGUUGGAGGCGGUUGGCGAGGGAAAUGGGCUUCCAUGGCUGUGAGGUGCUCGUCCUUGACACAGAGGGCUGUGAUGUCGAAAUCUUGCGGUCAAUGGCGUAUCACUGUUGGUGGCGCCCUGAUGAGCGACCGUGGCUCAUCCAGUUCGAGAGCAACGGCCUGUCGAACGAGCGCGGCGGGGGCUCGGAUGAGUCUGCAGUGGUUGCUGAGUUAGAGGACUUGGGGUACAUGCUCGUGGGGAAGAGCAAGACCGACACCCACUUGGUCCUGCGAGAGAAAGCUGUCGAGGGCAGCCCUUUGCAUCGCUGGAUGCAGACCUGGCGCUGCUCCUAUUGUGGGCGCACGGAAUGCUAUCCCUACUUGGAUGAGCCUUACUCCUGCUGCAGCAAUUGCCGCGAGCGUCCCUCACGAUGGUAG